GCUGCUCAUCCACAGGACGGGAGCGCGCUGACAGUUCGCAAACGCCCGGGAAAGUUCGGUCCCAAAACUGUCCGAAAACGGCAGCGAUCGACACUGCAGUGCGUUUCGCUCGGCGCGGUCCUAUACCUCCAAACCUUCCCCAUCUACGUGUGGAGUCUUGUUCUGAACAUCCCUGCAUCAUCUGCGCCCCCUGGCCCCGUUAAACAAGCAGCCCCAGUUUGGCAGAGUAUGCCUCGCGGCGUCUGGAUGAUCUCUUAUCUUCAAGUGGCAUCUAUUCGUGUGUCAGUAACCUCCUCCUCCUCCGCCUAAAGACACCGUGCAUACAGCAGCUGUGGCAGCGCAGCCUGACGCCACCUCCAGCACGCCAUGGACACAGCCCCGCUUGUCGGCCGCAGGACUGGGAGCAGCAGGCGCUGGUGCCCCUUACUCUUCUGGCCAAGUCUUUGCGGGGUUCUGUUGGCGCUCCUCCAUGGGGCGGCUGGCAUGAAGCAGGCCGUACCCCGAGUCCGACUGGGAUACAAAGACCUACAGCUGUCGGGCGGUGCAUCCCUGUUCCUGGGCUCCGCCCCGGGCCUGCGCUUCCAGAGUUUCCUGUUGGACGAGGAGCAGAACCGCCUGCUACUUGGUGCCCAGGACCACAUCUUCCUGCUGGAGCUAGACGACCUCAACAGCAACCCCAGGAAGAUUAACUGGCCUGCACCAAAGGAGAGAGUAGAGAUGUGUACUCUUGCUGGAAAAAGUAUUCAGACGGAGUGCGCCAACUUCAUCCGUGUCCUCCAUACAUACAAUAGGACUCACGUCUACGCCUGUGGCACAGGGGCCUUCUUCCCCCUGUGUGCCUUUGUGGAGGUCAAGGGACAAGGAGAGGAAACCACGUUUCACCUGAACACCAACAGCGUUGAGUCUGGAAGGCUGAAGUGCCCGUUUGACCCCUGGCAGCCGUUUGCCUCUGUUCUGAAAGAUCAGUUCUUGUACGCUGGCACAGCGUCCGAUUUUCUGGGCAAGGACACAACAUUCACCCGUUCCCUGGGACCCCCUCACGACCAGCAUUACAUCAGAACCGACAUAUCUGAGGAUUACUGGAUCAACGAGGGCCGCUUUGUGGCCGCCCAUCCUGUCUCCGACACCUACAACCCUGACGACGACAAGAUCUACUUCUUCUUCCGCGAGGCGUCUCGAGAAGGAAGCUCGGGCGAUAAGAGCGUGCUGUCGCGAGUGGCGCGAGUGUGUCAGAAUGAUGUGGGAGGUCUGAGGAGCCUACCUAACAAGUGGACCACGUUCCUCAAAGCCAGGCUGGUAUGCUCCAUCCCAGGGCCAGAUGGAGUAGACACACACUUCAACGAGCUGCAGGAUAUCUUUUUCCUCUCCACAAGAGAUGAGAAGAACCCUGUUAUAUAUGGAGUCUUCACCACUACAAGUUCCAUUUUCAAGGGUUCGGCAGUCUGCGUGUACAGCAUGGCUGACAUCCGGGCUGUAUUCAAUGGGCCGUACGCCCACAAAGAAGGACCGGACCACCGCUGGGUGGAGUACGAGGGGCGGAUCCCGUACCCAAGGCCUGGCACUUGUCCAAGUAGGACGUACGAUCCUCGAAUAAAAACAACUAAGGACUUUCCGGACGAUGUGAUCAGCUUCAUAAAGUACCAUCCCAUGAUGUACAAGGCUGUGUAUCCCGUCACCGGGAGGCCGGUCUUCACCAGGAUCAACGCCGAUUACCGGCUCACGCAGGUCGUCGUGGACCAGGUGGCGGCUGAGGACGGCCAGUAUGCGGUCAUGUUCCUAGGAACAGACGUGGGGACAGUCCUGAAGGUGGUGACCAUCACGCAGGAGGACUGGGUCACGGAGGAGGUGCUGCUGGAGGAGCUCCAGGUGUUCCAGGUCCCGUCGCCGAUUCUGAGUAUGGAAAUCUCCUCCAAAAAGCAACAGCUGUACAUCGGCUCCCAAGAUGGCCUGGCCCAGGUGUCCCUGCACCGCUGCGCCCUCUACGGGCAGGGCUGCGCUGAGUGCUGCCUGGCUCGAGACCCUUACUGUGCCUGGGAUGGCCACUCCUGCUCCCGCUACAUCCCAGCCUCUAAGAGGCGAGCCCGGAGGCAGGAUAUUAAGAACGGAGAUCCGUCAAGCCAGUGCUGGGACCUGGACGACGCCAUGGUGAUGGAGUCUGAGGAGAAGCCGCUGUUCGGAGUGGAGCACAACUCCACCUUCCUGGAGUGCGUCCCCAAGUCUCAGCAGGCCCAGAUCCGCUGGUUCUUGCAGAGGACCGGUUCUGACCACCGGGAGGAGGUGAAGCUGGACGAGCGGGUGAUGAGGACCGAGCUGGGUUUGCUGAUCCGCUCACUGCAGCGACAAGACGCGGGCACAUACCACUGCAUGGCGCAGGAGCACAGCUUCAGCCGGACCGUGCUGCGGCUCGGCCUCCGGGUCAUCGAGCAGGGCCAGAUGGAGUCGCGGCCGGCCGCCCAGCGGGACGACAUGGCCGCCGCGUUGCUGGGGCCCCGCCACCGCUACAAGGACUACCUGCGGCUGAUGAGCGGACCGCAGCACAGCGUGGACCAAUACUGCGAGAGCGUGUGGCUGCGUGAGCGCAAACUCGCCCAGAAGGCCCGGCCCCCCACUCCCGGCAAGUGGAAGCUCCUACGGGAGAUGAAGAAAAGCCGGAACCGGAGGCACCAUGCGUAGGGCCUGGAACCUUCUCGAAAAAUGACGCCUGACUUCAAGAUGGACGUUGCGAGUCCUUUCCUGCAAUAUCUGCGACGAAGCAGUAUUUAUGUUGAAUAAUCUGUAAAUAGUUCAUAUAGCUGUACAGGUGAGCGUGGGUUAGUUAGCUAGUUAGCCAUUAGCAAGUCCGUUGGGAAUCUAAGUAUGCUAACUAGACAGGGUGAAUAGGUCAGAAGUGUUUUUUUUUUUUUGUACAAAGCUUUUUGUAUAUUUAAUAUUUUAUUUAGGUAGAUACAUUUUUCUAAAUGGUAUUUAUAUUUAUUCCUCAUUUUAGCUGCCUUAGCAUUCAAUAUUUUAACUUGUCGUAGUUCCUCUGUAUUGCCCCGGAAGAUCCAUUAUGAUUUUAUAAAUUUCAUAUUUCCAGCGAAAAUAGGUUCUAAAUCGACAUAUUUGCUGUAAAUCGUAAUUGCAGACGCUGCGGCGGUUCUUGUUUUAUUCCGGACAACCAGUCACACUGGAAUUAAGAUGAGUUUCCUUUUGUCGCUGAGAGCUGUGGUUGAGGAGCUGAAGGAAUCCCAGUUUGGCUGAAGGCACAACGCCAGCGUUCCGGUCUGCGCUGAAGUCAGGCUCUAGAUACUCAAAGCUGAUCCUGGAAACAUCCUUCGAACCCGAUAUUCCAGGUGACUCUGCUGGACUAAGAUGUGGAGCACGGUUCCUGAAAGCAAGUCGAAGUGCAAAUUUCCCAAACUCACUCAGGUCAUUUUUUGGUUGUGUUUGAGGUGAGAUCAUCUGUGACCUAAAGUCAGGCUUCCUCAUCAUAUCUUACAGUAUUGUACUCGGUCUUCAUGUAAUCCAAUGAAGAGCUUUUAUUAAAUUUGACUGAGUGACUUUUGUAAAUUUGCUCUUCAGUUUAUCCAAUCCAUCAGUUUAUUUGUUUAUGCUCUGUUCCCACCCAACGCUGUACAUUUAAUGUAACUUUAUAAAUAACACGCUGUCGUAUUUUCUAACUGCCAAUAAAAGGAACAAAACACCUGGGCAGAA